CGUUUAAGAGUUACCAUCAGCACGAGCACACCGCUGGUUAGAAUGGAGGAAGCCAAUUUGCCAUCGAAAUCAUCUAAUCCAGAAGCAAAAACAGGUAUGAAGCAACUUGAUCUGAUAGAUGUAGUUAAUGAUCUACAAAAUAAACUUACUGCCAGUGGUCAUACCUUGGACGUAUCUCUCCCACAAAUUGUGGUUGUUGGCUGUCAAAGCGCUGGAAAGAGCAGUGUUUUAGAAAGUUUCGUUGGCCGGGAAUUCCUUCCACGAGGAAGCAAUUUAGUGACAAGACGGCCAACAGUUGUACAACUUCAACCUUCUUCUGGAGAAGAAUAUGCAGUAUUUUUACAUAAAGAAAAUGAAAAGUUUACAGACUUCUCAAAAGUGAAAGAAGAGAUUUUAAAUGAAACAAAUCGAAAGCCUGGACCUGUUGGAUUUUCAUCUGAUCCAAUUUCUCUCAAAAUUUGUUCCCCUAAUGUUUUAAAACUGACUGUGGUAGAUCUGCCUGGUCUCAUUAGAAAUGCUGUUGAUGGUCAACCGGAAGAAAGUAUACAGGCAGUUCGAGAAAUGGUACUGAACUAUAUUCAGCAACCCAAAUGUCUUAUAUUAGCUGUAUCACCUGCUAAUCAAGAUAUUGCUAAUUCUGAUGCACUUAACAUUGCCAAAAUUGCCGACCCUAACAGAGAAAGGACUAUUGGCGUAUUAACAAAAUUGGAUUUGAUGGACGAAGGAACUGAUGCAAGAGAUGUACUUGAAAAUAACAAAAUUCCAUUAAAAAGAGGGUAUGUUGGUGUGUUGAAUAGAAGCCAGAAGGAAAUCGAUGAAGGCAAAGAUAUAGAGUACAUCUUAAAAAAAGAAAGAGAAUUUUUUUCCUCAAAAGAAUGUUAUAAGAACAUUGCUCAUCAAAUGGGGACACACUAUCUUCAAAAGUUGCUUCAAAAAAUGCUCAGAUCUCAUAUCAAAAGUUGCCUACCCAAUGUUCGUAAUGAAAUAUCUCAGAAACUGAAUGCAUACAAAAGGGAACUACGAGAGUUUGAAAAUCUUAUGGGAAAUGGUCCAAAUGGAAAACAAUUUUAUUUAAUCAAGCUAAUUCAAAAAUUUAUUGAUGACAUAAAUGUUAAAAUGAUGGGUCAUUCUGAAACUGUUGACAUGAAAGUGCUUACUGUUGGAGCUCACAUUCAUUAUAAACUCUACACAGAAGUACAGAAAAAUCUGGAAUUGCCGCUGAUGCCAGAUGAAGGAGAAUUAACAAUUCUUAUUGCCAACUUGUUUGGUCUCAGAAAUGCCAUCUCAGUGCCAUCUCUUGCCCUUGAUGCCAUGUGUGGAAAACUGCUUGAGUCUUAUAAAGAUCCUCUGGAAAGAUCUGUUAAAUGUGUGAUGGAUGUUCUUAUUGCUGCCAUUGUUGAAUCUGCAAAAUUGAUAGAUCCUUAUCCUACUUUGAAACAUGAGCUUUUAUACAGGAUACGCUGUUACAUUGAGCUAGAAGCAGAAAGUACCCAAAGUAGGCUGAAAGAACACAUUGAUGCUGAAAUGUUUUAUGUAAAUAUUGCUCAUCCAGACUUUAACAGCUCAGUGUGUGAUCCCGUAGCUCCUGCUGCUGGCCCUGUGAAAAUUUGGGACACAGAAGACUCAGAGGAUGAAUCUAACAAUUCAGAGCAAUUAUUGAGGAAACUGAAGAAAAGCAAUCAAAUACAGCAGAAGGUGAAGUAUGUGACAGCAAUGGUUUUGAAGUAUCUUGAAAUAGUUCACAAGCAAAUUGGAGACAUUACAAUCAAAUAUACAGUUUUUUUUCUUGUGAAAAAAGUGAUGGAUUUCAUCAAAAAAGAUCUAAUACCAACCCUUGUAGAAUCUGCUAACAUUGCUUCCUUAACUGAAGACUGUGAUGAAGAUUUCCAAAGGAAAGACCAUGUGGAGUCAACUUGUGCCUUCCUGAAGGAUGCUCUUGAAGCCAUUCAAGCUUUCUAAUAAUCAGAGGAAAAGGGAAGAAAUGCUUGAUUGAAAAGAGCAGAUGUGUUCAAACAUGUGAUUUUGUAAUUAUAUGUUAUGUUCUUGAUCUGAAUAAAAAUGCUUGAAUGUGAUUUUAAAUCAUAUUUGC